UGUACAAGAGCGAGCUGGACGCGAUCACGCCUGAGCAGGUGGAAUGGGAGCCGUAUGGAAAAGGAGAGAGUUUUGGUAACCCUAUAGAGUUCAGGCUGAAUCCGAUCUGCACUAGGGAUAGGGAUCUCUGGCAUAUGCGGUGCCCACUGAUAUGCAACUGGGCGGUUGAGCUUCACUUGCCACAUCGGGUUUUCCGCCAGUUUGGUUUGUUCCAGCCACACCCGCCGGAGUGGGAGGACACGGACAAGUUGCUACACGCGUUGGAUAGGAAAAAGCAGCGGAAGAUCAAGGAUUGGGCCAAGCAUCACAGCAAGUAUGUCAUGCAGUUCGCUCUUAGUGUGGAGCAAGCAAGGGCUGGAAAACGAGCCCAGCUUCGUGAGCACUGCCCGAUCGCGUUCAACAACUAUCUCACAUGGUUUCUUGCAAGUACCCGCGUGGAGGUAUGCCAGCCGGCGUAUGCUGAGGAGAUUCUGGAAGAACCCACCGUUUUUGAUGAGGUAGCCCAGCACCAGUACAACGCAUUAUUCAGGAAAGGCAACUCAGUGAUCCCUUCAGCUCCAAUGAUGAACUUUGUGCGUGCCCAGAUCAAGAAAGCAGCUGAUGAGACCGAGACUAUUCUGGAAACAACCCCGGCUGGCAAAAGCGAUGGGGAAGGUGCACUUCGAGCAUUCAUUAAGCGCCAGGGCCAAAAGUUAAGGCGGCUAUCAAACCUUUUCGGUUGUCGUGACCCCGAGUAUGUAUCACCAGAACGGUCUAGGUCGGCGACACCAUCAGAUCCCGCUUCGGGGCAGGGCCAUGGUGAACCUUUCGAGGAUGAGGACGUGGGUGUGGUCACCCAAGAGGUUGCUGAUGAUAUGACCGUGGGGAGGUACCAGGCUCGGUCUGCAUACGAGUUGAAGCCUAGGACGGGAAUCAACAAGUACACACACCUGAAGACUUCACCCAAAGAGGCCAAAGAGGCAAAAGGACGGUCGGCACCUCGCGGAUGGCGGCUUUGGAUGACUAUUUGGAUGACUAUGUAG